GCAAACGGAAUCUGAAAGUGGCGGAGCCGGGGCUGGCGCUUCCCCUUCUGCGGCUUCCUUCUGUUGUCCACCUCAGCAAAACGGGGCUCAUCCUGAUCUAAUUUCCCCAGUAUGAUGUGCUCAUCUUCUUUCUUUGAAACCCUGCGCCCCGCCCAGCGCUCCGGCUAUAAGAGGGGAGCAGCGGCCCGGGGCCCAGCAUCGGGCAGGAGAGCAGCUUGGCAGCACCGGUGCCGCUCCUGCAAGCCCUCAGCCCCAGCAGCACCAUGAAGGUCUUGGUGGCCGCCCUGGCUGCUCUCCUGCUCGCUGCCCUCUGCUCCCCGGCGCAGGCCCAUCUCGACGGCGUCCCCACGUCCUGCUGCUUCAGCUACCAGCUCCGGCCCAUCCCGCGGGGCCUCAUCGCCUCCGCCUACGUCACCAGCAGCAACUGCACCCGGCCGGGAGUGAUCUUCGUCACCAAGAAGCAGCGGGAGGUCUGCGCCGACCCCCAGGCCGCCUGGGUCCAGGCGCACCUCAGGCACUUCCAGGCCAAGCAGAACUGACCUGGCCCGGACGGCAUCCCGGGGCGGCCGCCGGCCCCCGCCACGGCACGGCCGCUGCCCGCCCGGCCCUGCGCUCGCCAUGGACCCCUUGCGCUGUGUCUUCUGGAGUGGAGCACUGUAUUCUAUUUAAGUUAUUUGUGGUUAACUUAAGUUAAAUAUUUUUGCUAAAAAAACAGAAAAGGGAAAAUGCAAAAAGAAGUUCAAUAAUUUAAGUAAUUUAUAAUGUCUGCUGGUGAGGAUCCAGGUGGCUGGUUCUACUGCCUCAAUAAAGUGUUUGGAUUAGAAA